AUGUCGGCGCCCCAAGACCCCAUUCCGCCCAAUGGGGCUGACCUUUCCGAGACCAUGGACCAGCUCAAUCUUGGUGGUGACAAUGAGCCUCGCCUGGGUCCGGACGGAGAGCCGGCGCCCAAGACAGACGAGGAGUAUGCUCAAACGCAGCUGACCUUGCGCGCGAUUGUUUCGUCCAAGGAAGCCGGCGUGAUCAUCGGGAAAGGCGGAAAGAACGUUGCCGACCUGCGCGACGAGACCGGCGUGAAAGCUGGCGUUAGCAAGGUCGUCCAAGGCGUUUACGACCGGGUUCUUACGAUUACUGGCGGCUGCGAGGCCAUCUCAAGAGCUUAUGCCGUUGUCGCACGGGCGCUGCUGGAAGGCGCUCCCGCCAUGGGCAUGGGCGGUGUCAUGCAGAGCAAUGGCACUCAUCCCAUCAAACUGCUCAUCUCCCAUAACCAGAUGGGCACCAUUAUUGGCAGGCAGGGUCUCAAGAUCAAGCACAUCCAGGACGUGUCUGGCGUGCGUAUGGUCGCGCAGAAGGAGAUGCUGCCGCAGUCGACCGAGCGGAUAGUCGAGGUCCAAGGCACGCCCGAAGGCAUCCAGCGCGCCGUUUGGGAGAUCUGCAAGUGCCUGGUGGAUGAUUGGCAACGCGGCACUGGCACCGUUUUGUACAACCCAGUCGUCCGGACCCAAGGCUCCGGUGCGCCAGGCGUGACUGGGGGAAGCAGCUACGUACAGGACAGGGUCCCAUACGGCGGCUCCCGGGUGACGCGGACAGGCAAUGGCGCUGACUUUAGCAACGGCGGGUCUCGGCCCUACAACCGCCGUUCCGAUUCGGACGCUGCGGCUCGUGGCCCGCCGACCCACGACGAGAACGGGGAGGAAAUCCAGACACAGAACAUCAGCAUCCCGGCUGACAUGGUUGGCUGCAUCAUCGGCCGUGCCGGCUCCAAGAUCAGCGAAAUCCGCAAGACAUCAGGAGCCCGCAUUUCCAUUGCCAAGGCUCCUCACGAUGAGACGGGCGAGCGGAUGUUCACCAUUAUGGGCUCUGCCAAGGCCAAUGAGACGGCGCUCUUCCUUCUCUACGAGAACCUCGAGGCGGAGAAGAUGCGCCGCCAGCAGCAGGCUGGGCAGGCGUCCGAGUAG